AAAGGACAGAAUGGACACUUUCCAUCUGCUAAAGGAGGGAAAAGCCUACCCUACCCAACACAGGAAAUCUCAGUUCUCUGCUGGGAGGCACCAGGCCACCUUUCCUGUGGGCUCUGUGAACACCUCCCAUGGAGGCACCUAUAGAUGCUAUGGUUCUUCCCACUCCUCCCCUCACAUGUGGUCACACCCCAGUGACCCUGUGGAUCUCAAGGUCACAGCCUCUCACCCAGAGACCAAAUCAAGAGCUUGCUCUGAGGAUCAGUGCCACACACCCAGGGAAUCAGACCCACCGAGGGGGACCUUAGUGCCAGAGCCCAAGGAGAGAAGCCUGUGGAAGAGCUCCAGACCAGCCACUGAGGACCAGGAGGAGACCUUGUAUGCUGCCAUGAAAGAAAAACAGCCUGAGGAAGAAAUGGAGCUGGACAGUCAAGUUGUCUCCAGCCCAGCUGCUGACUUCCUGGCAGAAGACUUUUGUGAGAGGAAGAGGAAUAACCAUCCUGGGAUGGGACAUGGGAGCACAGAGAUUUCAUAGUUAAUGCCAAGGAGAGGAUAGGCUGGUAAUGGUUAUGGGGCUUAGGGGUGACAGAGAAUGCAAUCCAAUACUGUGUGUACUUGGGCACAUCACUGUCUCUCUCUGGACCUCAACUGUCCCAACUAGGAAUAGGGGAGGAACAUGCAGGAAUGAAAGAUCUCCAGAAAACUCUCCCAGAGAUAAAACCCUCUUAUUAUGGCCUCAGAUGCUGCCAUGAAAGACAAACAACCCGAGGAAAACAUGGAGCACCCAGUGGAUGCUUCUCUGUCUUCACACCUCUCAACUCUCAGCAUCCUCCCACAGUUGACUCUUCCCACUGGAAACACUGCAUCCUGACUUCUGUGACCUACUUUUUCCUUGGUUUUCUUUAACCUCAUGGACUCCUCUUUGUGGUCUUCUCUCCUACUUCCUCUUCCUUUUUCAAUCUUCUAGUCAUUGGAGGGCUAAAUCUUAAAGGAGUACAUGAAUAAAUGAAUCACCCUACACUUCCUGAAAAGAGAUAUCUUCAUAACUAACUUUAUGAAGGAUAGUUUUGCCAGUAAGAAUCACUAAAAAAUAAAAUAAAUUAUACUUAAAAAAAUACUCCAAAGCAGAUAACUGAAUUUGAAGUGAGCUUUUAUUGUAGGUAUCUCCAGGCACCUGCUAGAAGCUAGAGAAAAUUCCCACUGCAGAAACCCAUUUUCAGCUUAGGCUUUAAAGAAGCGUCGCAUUCCCAAGGACAAUUAGUGACUUAGAGUCAAAAAUUUCUAAACACAGUGGGAAAAGGCAUACAGAAACAAAAUAACUAUAAUUUCUUGGGGUAAUGAAUUAAUCAGAACCAGAAUAAUAAAUACAUUUAAUAUGCUUGGGGAAAUAAAAGACAAUCUUUUUAUUUUUUGGUGUUUUUAUUUUUGUUAUUGAUGUUUCUAGGUUAUUGAUUUGAACAUAAAAUGGAUUUUCAAUUACUCAUUACUCUUUCGUUAAAUGCAUUUAAGGUAUUCAAUUCUAAUAGUUAAUUUUGGUUACGAUCUCUAAGGUUUUUAAUGACCAUAUACUGAUGUAUAAUUUACAUCAAAUCUGUCUUGGAAGAAGUACAGACAGAAUGCUUCUUAGAAAAGAAGAUGACGAGAUUUUGUCUCACAUAUUUUGGACGUGUUACCAGGAGGGAUUAGUCCCUGGAGAAAGACAUCAUGCUUGGUAAAGUGGAUGGUCAUUGAAGAAGAGGAAGACCCUCAAUGAGAUAGGUUGACACAGUGGCUGCAACAAGGGGCUCAAGCAUAACAACGGUCAUGAGGAUGGCACGUGGCCAGGCAGUGUUUCAUUCUGUUGUACUUAGGGUCGCAAUGAGUCAGAACCAACUGUACGGCGCCUAACAAAAACAACAAUUUACGUAAAAUAAAAAUGUAUCACUUCAGUGAGUUUAGCAAAUGUGUACACCGGGUAACCAACACCACAGUCAGGAUUAGAAUAUUUUCAUCUUAAAACAUGCCCUCAAGUCACUUACAGUAACUCUCCUCUCCUGCACAGCCACAAGAAAAACUUGAUCUUAUUUUUAUCAUUAUGUUUUUUGCCUUUCUACAAUGUCAUUUAAUUGAAAACUUGUAGUACAGUGUUUUGCAUGUGGAUUUUUCACACAGAGAAAUGAUUUUAAGAUCCAUCCAUGUUGUUGACUGUAUCAAUAACAGUCUCUUUUUCUUUUUUUUUUAAGUAGUAUCCCACCAUAUGAAUAUAUGAAAAAUUGUUUAUUCAUUAACCAGUUGAUAGAUAUUUGGGUUUCUUGAGGAUUUGCAGCUAUUAUGAAUAAAUGAUAUUUCCCUGUACUUUUCUUUGUACUCAUAACCACAGUAUAACUAGACAUUAACUGUGUAGUUAGUGUUGAAGGUUGGCUUCUGUGAAUCUGAGCUCUGCAGGGCAGAGUAUGAAUCCGUGUCUUCUGUAAACCAUGUCCAGGGACUGGCGUGAUGACUAGGAAUGGUAAGAGCCCAGUAACGACAUGUUUACCUGUGUGCUGAAGGAGUGAAGGGUGUGCCAUGGAAAGAGCUUCUGAGAAGGGAGAUAAUAUCUCCUUGAUCACACUCAGCCUGGGAGAGACUGACACCAAAUUGGCAAUGGGAUCUAUUAGCUGAUACACUGGAACUUCUCAGAUGACAGUGUGUCAGGUAGACAGUGGCCAGGAUCAGGGGAGAACUCAUUUUUGUCUGAAAUGUCUUCAAAGAGCCUGGGGCCACUUCAGCUCCAGCUCUAGGUAACCAAAACCCAGGCCCCUGGGGAGAGGCCAUUCCUCUUCACAUGGGGCUACUGAUAUGACCACUCAUGACCGGUAGGUCCCAGCCUCCGUGUGGCCACACCCUGUGCAUCAGCUUCUCCUGCUAAAAGCUGUGGUCUCAAUCUUCUGCACAGCUGGGGUCAGUGGAAGGAAACACCAUGACCCCCAACAUCACGGUCCUGCUCUGCCUAAGUGAGAUGUGAAGAGGGGGAGGGGAAACAUUAGUCUGAAAGAGGCCGGCCCCACAAGCAGGACCUGGACUAUCAGAAGACUAGAGGUUCAGGAGGCUCAAGAGGAGGAGAGGAUCUGCUCAGAAUUCAGGGAACGAAUUUCUCACCUGGAUCUCUCUUCCAGGGGUGAGUCUGGGCCACAGGAUCCAAGUGUAGGCAGGUGAGUCCUUCUCCAAUUUUCACAGGUCCCAUCUCCUCACUGGGCACAAGGUGCCACCACGAGGCAGCUGGGGUUGAAGAAAAGAUUGAUGGAAAAUCCUGGGAGGGUCUGAGAACCCUGGGAGGGUCCUGAGGAUGACAGGUGAGGGAAUAAAGGAGGGAAAUGUUGGGACUUCAGCUGUUGAUUCCUUCCCAGGGACCUCCCCAUACCCACCAUCUGGGCUGAGCCAGGCUCAAUGAUAACAUUUGGGGAGACAAUUAUCACCUGGUGUCAGGUUCCCUGGAGGCUGAGGAGUACCAUUUGGAUAGAGAUGAACUCCAUCACCCUGGGACACUGAGAAACCACUUCAGCCCAGGAACGAAGCCAUGUUCUCCAUC